UCGUAAGAGUUGGUGCAAACUGUCAAAAAAAUUUCAAAAUUUGCCGCGACUGCUUUUGAGCCUCGCUCAUGAAUACUGUCAAACAUUAUGUCCUCCCGUUACCACAAACUGAUAUCUAUACUGACAUCUUGUAAACACACCUAUGAAGUCUCUCAAAUUCACGGCUACAUGGUCAAAACUGGCAUUGACAAGGACGUGUUCGCUUUGAGCAAGCUUCUUGCAUCUUCCAUUCGAGAUACAGAAUAUGCAGCCUCAAUUUUUAACCAUAUUGAAAACCCAAAUCUUUUCAUGUUCAAUACCAUGCUUAGAGGCUAUUCAGUUAGUGAGAACCCAAUGCAAGCAUUUGGUCUUUUCAAGAACUUGAGGGCUCAAGGAUUCUUGCUGGACCAGUUUUCUUUCAUUACCACUCUUAAAGCUAGUACGCGAGAAUUGGCUAUCGAGAUUGGUUUAGGGAUUCAUGGGGUUGUUCUGAGAUCUGGGCAUGUGUAUUUUCUCAAUUUAAGGAAUACCCUCCUGCACUUUUACUGUGAAUGUGGCAAAAUCGGAGACGCCCAUAAGCUGUUCGAUGAAUUUCCACAAGACAAUGAUUCAGUUUCAUGGAACACGCUGAUGGAUGGUUACAUUAGCGUUUCUAAGCCUGCUAUGGUCGUAGAUUUGUUUAGGCAAAUGUGUACUAGUUGUGUUCGUUUCACUCUCACAACAGUGUUGAAUGUCCUUUCUGCUCUUGGUGAGGUGGGGGACUCACUCGGGGGAGACUCACUUCAUGGGCAUUGCAUCAAGACUGGCUUUUCCUUGGAUUUAAUUAUCACCACUGUUUUGAUUGAUAUGUAUGCAAAAACUGGGCAUAUUGAUUCAGGACGUAAAGCUUUUGAUCAGGUCGAUAAGAAGGAUGUUAUUUUGUGGAAUUGUAUGAUUGACAAGUAUGCUAAAUGUGGCCGGCUAGAAGAAUCUGUAGCUCUACUACAGUUAAUGAAACGCGAUCGAUUGAAACCUAAUUCUUCGACUUUGGCAGGCUUAUUAUCAGCUUGUGCUGCCACUGGAUCUAUACAGCUAGGCAGGUGCCUUCAAGAUUACAUAAAAGAGGAGGGAUUGGCACUGGACGUGAUACUUGGAACUGCUUUGGUUGAUAUGUAUGCAAAGUGUGGGUUUUUAGAGAAUGCUAUUGACAUCUUUGAGAGGAUGAAGAGCAAGGAUGUAAAAUCGUGGACUGCCAUGAUUUCAGGUUAUGGGUUUCAUGGGCAGGCUAGAAAUGCAAUCGAUCUCUUCUAUAGGAUGGAGAAAAAAUGCUAUAGACCCAAUGAAGUCACUUUCUUAGCAGUGUUGACUGCUUGUAGCCACGGCGGCUUGGUGAUGGAGGGGAUGAGAUGCUUCGAGAAGAUGAUAAGAGGAUAUGGAUUCUCUCCUAACGUUGAACACUAUGGAUGCUUAAUUGAUAUGUUGGGUCGUGCCGGGAUGCUAGAGGAAGCACAUGAUCUUAUCAAUAGCCUGCCCAUUAGAUGUGACGCCACAGCAUGGCGUGCAUUGCUUGCAGCUUGCAGAGUCUGCGGAAAUGUUGAACUGGGUGAAUAUGUGAAUAGAGUGCUGGUUGAAAUAGACGAGGAACACCCAACCGAUUCAAUUCUUCUUUCCAGUACUUACGCUAUUACUGGAAGGUUGGCAGAACGAACUAGAAUGCAGGAAAUGAAAGAAGAAAUAGACAAAGAAGCUGUAAAUGGUUCAGUUAAGAAAGAGGCUGGAUGGAGCAUGAUUGAAAUGGAUGGUCAGGGAUUGCAUGUGUAGUUUCAAAAGAACAAAACAAUAAAGCAGUUCUAAGGUUUAUUCUUGUGCUUUUUUUAAAAGGAAUUUCAGGGACAGAUAAGCUUUUAUAUCAUUUGGCAUAGGGCUUCUGUUCUUAUACUUUAAAUAAAUAAUUGAAAAUCCUUG